UUUGCCAAUGAAUGCAUCAGUUGCACAACUUGAGGAGGAAUUCAAAAAAUUUGGACCCAUCAAAAGUAAUGGCAUCCAAGUUAGAAGUAAUAAGCAACAGGGAUUUUGUUUUGGGUUUGUGGAAUUCGAGUCAUUGGAUUCCAUGCAUAGUGCGAUAAAGGCACCUUCUAUCGCAAUUGGCACUUUUACUUGUGAUUCCAAAUGCCAAUCUUGCCAACUUCCCACCAUUUGAGUCUACACCAGCGCAGCGCAUCAGUUUGACUACAAUGCCUUUAUGUCUGUC